AAGUUACUGUAGACAUGUCACAUGGCGAAGUUGUAGGUGUCUAUGGCACUAAUAAUAUACCAACUAGAUUCCUUUCGACGGAAUCGCACAAAGUGAUUAGUUCAAACUUGAUUUUGCAAAAUCUGUCUUGUGGGAAAGCUUUCCUUUGUGAGGACAAAAUUUCUGCCAUGUGGGUUUGGCUUUUUUAGGUGCAUUCGGAGGAUAAAUGCAUGGGAUGUGGCGUAAAUGAGUGCAGACUAAAUUUUUUUCUAAUAUUUCUUCCCUCGUGCAGUUUUAUAUUUCUUAUGCUACACCAACAGGCGGUGAUUCGUGCAGGGGUUUAAAAUUGACUUUUUUUAUCAUUGAUUCAUUCAGGCUGACUUAGUGGGCUGGAAAAUUCUAUUUAUACUUGCUUGGAACCUCCACUCGUUAACUGUGUAAGCCUCUUGGGCAACUUGAAUUUUGGAUUUUAUUUAUGUUCAUGCGGCUUGCCAUUUUAGGCUAAACAAUACUGGUCCCCUUUCAAGUCCUGGGCUGUUUUAUUAUUGCAUCCUUGCCUAUGAUGGAGAACGGUUUUGUUUGAGGAUUCAAUUCAUAUCAUCGGGUCUGCUUUAUUAAGUAAGAGUAGUUUUGUUUGACUCGCCAAUUCCUGCUCUAUUUUCUAGCUAUUACAUACUGGUGGAUCAGACCACAUUUUCAGAGAUUUGUCUUUGAUCCGAAUUUGCUAGUAAGAGUAUAACGUAAGCUGGGACUGCUUCCCUAGCCUGCAAAUUUUAGUGAAGGAGCACAAUCUGAGUUGUGAGAUGGCUCGGAACAACAAUUUAGAGAAAAUGGCAUCUAUAGAUGCUCAGAUGAGGCUUCUUGUUCCGGGUAAAGUGUCUGAAGAUGACAAGCUCAUCGAAUAUGAUGCCCUUCUAUUGGAUCGGUUUCUUGAUAUCCUGCAGGACUUACAUGGAGAGGAGAUCAAGGAGACGGUCCAAGACUGCUAUGAGCUUUCUGGAGAGUAUGAGGGAAAGGGUGAUCCUAGCAAGCUAGAAGAGCUGGGAAAAGUAUUAACGAGCUUGGAUCCUGGAGAUUCUAUUGUCGUGGCAAGCUCAUUUUCUCAUAUGCUUAACUUAGCAAACUUGGCUGAAGAAGUUCAAAUUGCUUACCGACGCAGAACUAAACAUAAAAAAGGAGAUUUUGCAGAUGAGAAUUCAGCAACAACUGAAUCAGACUUGGAAGAGACUUUUAAGAGGCUUGUUUAUCAGCUGGGCAAAUCACCUGCAGAAGUUUUUGAUGCGUUGAAGAAUCAGACUGUUGAUUUGGUUUUGACUGCACACCCAACGCAGUCAGUUCGGAGGUCAUUGCUACAGAAACAUGCUCGGAUUCGAAAUUGCUUGUCGCAAUUGUAUUCAAAAGAUGUUACCCCAGAUGAGAAGCAGGAGCUAGAUGAAGCUUUGCAGAGAGAGAUUCAAGCUGCAUUUCGAACAGAUGAAAUUCGGCGCACUCCUCCUACUCCACAAGAUGAGAUGCGUGCAGGAAUGAGUUAUUUUCAUGAGACCAUAUGGAAGGGAGUGCCAAAAUUCUUGCGUCGUAUUGAUACUGCUCUAAAGUCAAUUGGGAUAAAUGAAAGAGUGCCAUAUAAUGCACCUCUUAUACAAUUUUCAUCAUGGAUGGGAGGUGACCGAGAUGGAAAUCCCAGGGUGACUCCAGAAGUUACAAGGGAUGUAUGUUUGCUUGCAAGAAUGAUGGCAGCAAAUUUAUAUUAUUCUCAAAUAGAAGAUCUUAUGUUUGAGUUGUCCAUGUGGCGUUGUAGUGAUGAAUUGAGAGAACGUGCCUUACAGCUUUUUAGCUCUUCAAAGAAAGAUACAAAGCAUUAUAUAGAAUUCUGGAAACAAGUUCCUCCAAAUGAACCCUUUCGGGUGAUAUUGGGAGAUGUACGGGACAAAUUAUACCACACACGUGAACGUGCACGCCAUAUACUGGCUAAUGGAAUCUCUGACAUUCCAGAGGAAGCAACCUUCACAAGCAUCGACCAGUUUUUGGAGCCACUUGAACUUUGCUACAGAUCAUUGUGCUCUACUGGGGAUCAGCCAAUUGCAGAUGGCAGUCUACUUGACUUUAUGCGCCAAGUUUCAACAUUUGGUUUGUCAUUUGUAAGGUUGGAUAUCAGACAGGAAUCCGAGAGACACACUGAUGUUAUGGAUGCAAUUACAAAACACUUGGGUAUUGGAUCAUACAAAGAAUGGUCAGAGGAACAACGACAAGAGUGGCUCUUGUUAGAACUGCAAGGCAAACGACCUUUGUUUGGGCCUGACCUUCCAAAGACAGAUGAGAUUCGUGAUGUCCUAGACACAUUUCAUGUGAUUUCUGAACUUCCACCUGACAACUUUGGAGCUUAUAUCAUUUCAAUGGCAACUGCAGCAUCUGAUGUUUUAGUAGUUGAGUUAUUGCAAAGGGAAUGCCGUGUGAGAAAACCCUUACGUGUUGUACCAUUAUUUGAAAAGCUGGCAGAUCUAGAUGCCGCUCCAGCUGCUUUAGCUAGAUUGUUUUCAAUCAACUGGUACAGAAAUAGAAUUGAUGGAAAGCAAGAGGUUAUGAUAGGCUAUUCUGAUUCUGGUAAGGAUGCUGGUCGGCUGUCUGCUGCUUGGCAAUUGUACAAAGCCCAGGAGGAUCUUAUAAAGGUGGCUAAAGAAUUUGGGGUGAAGUUGACAAUGUUCCAUGGUCGUGGAGGAACUGUAGGGAGAGGAGGUGGUCCAACCCAUCUUGCUAUAUUAUCUCAGCCCCCAGACACAAUCCAUGGCUCCUUGCGAGUCACGGUCCAAGGAGAGGUCAUAGAGCAGUCAUUUGGUGAGGAACACUUGUGUUUCAGAACUCUACAGCGGUUUACUGCUGCCACUCUGGAACAUGGGAUGCAUCCUCCAGUUUCUCCAAAACUUGAGUGGCGUAAAUUGAUGGAUGAAAUGGCCAUUAUUGCUACUGAAGAGUACAGAUCAAUUGUUUUUAAGGAGAGCAGAUUUGUUGAAUAUUUUCGUUCUGCAACUCCAGAAACAGAGUAUGGUCGAAUGAACAUUGGAAGUCGCCCCUCAAAGAGGAAGCCAAGUGGAGGGAUUGAGUCACUUCGUGCCAUCCCAUGGAUAUUUGCUUGGACACAAACUCGAUUUCAUCUUCCUGUGUGGCUAGGAUUUGGUGCAGCAUUCAAGCAUGUUUUAGAGAAUGAUAUAAGAAAUCUCCAUACUUUACGUGAGAUGUACAAUGAAUGGCCAUUCUUUCGGGUUACAAUUGACUUAGUUGAAAUGGUUUUUGCAAAGGGUGAUCCCGGUAUUACUUCUUUGUAUGACAAAUUACUGGUAUCUGAAGAUUUGUGGACCUUUGGUGAAAAAUUGAGAGCUAUCUAUCUAGAAACCAAGGACCUCCUCCUCAAGGUUGCCGGACACAAAGAUCUUCUUGAAGGUGAUCCAUACUUGAAACAACGGCUCAGACUUCGUGACUCAUACAUCACAACACUAAAUGUUUGUCAGGCUUAUACUUUGAAAAGAAUAAGAGAUCCCAACUUCCAUGUUCAGCAGAGGCCUCAUUUAUCAAAAGAAAGUUCAACCAAACCAGCAGAUGAAUUGGUCAAGUUGAAUCCAACAAGUGAGUAUGCACCAGGGCUGGAGGACACUUUGAUUCUGACAAUGAAGGGCAUAGCAGCUGGUAUGCAGAAUACCGGUUAGAAGAUUUUUGGCAACAGACCAGAAUCAUGUCCUGUUGAAUAAUUACCAUGAUCGAAGUUUCUCUCUGCUUACUUGUAAGGAGAAUUCAUUAGAGUUCUAAUGAUAUGUUCGGCUUAGAAGUAUGCCAAAACAUCAGGAGAGGCAAUUAUCCGUUAAACGGACCAAGUAUGAUCUCAUUAUUUAUAUAUGUAUUGUGCAUAAGGCACAUUUUAAACAUAUUAUGUUUUACAAACUGGACAAGGGAUUCUUAGUAUUUUAUAAUUUAACAUGGUUCUUGUCUUAA